AUGAUUUCAUAUAUAUACAUUACAAUUUUAUUAAUUGCAACUAUUAGUGCUUCUACACACCUUCUUCCGUUUAGUAAAUGUCCAAAAGAAGAUUUCCUUCGAAAGUGUCUUGAUUAUUACAUUAAAGGAUCAGUCAAUUUUCGAGAUGACCUUUUUGCCUAUAAUGUUGAUCUUAACAUAGAAUAUAAUAAACUGAUUAUUCAUUUUCCAGUGGCAUUUGUUCAUCCUGUAGAUAUAUUGGAUAUUCAAAAUACUAUUAAAUGUGGUGCAGAAUUCAAUUUUCCGAUUGUUGCAAGAUCUGGCGGUCAUUCUUCUGAAUGUUAUAGUAUUGGAGAUAAAGAUUGUUAUUUAGUUGUGGAUCUUGUAAAUUUAAAUAAAAUUACUGUCGAUGUAACUUCACAAAUUGCAAUAGUCGGAACAGGAAACACACUAGAUUCAUUAUAUUACAAAGUAAAUCUGUAUGGAUUUGCAUUUCCUGGUGGAGUUUGUCCUUAUGUUGGUGUUGGUGGACUUAUAUUAGGUGGUGGUAUGGGUCAUCUUAGUCGAGAAUUUGGAUGUUCAUCAGAUAAUAUUCUUGAUGCACAAAUUGUUUUAGCAAAUGGAACUGUGGUUAAUAAUGCAAAAGAAUAUCCUGAACUUCUUUGGGCUAUUCGAGGAGCAGGUAAUGCAGGCUAUGGAAUUGUUACGGCUUUAACACUCAGGAUACAUCCUAUUCAGAAGGUUGCUACUUAUUUUUAUUUAACGUAUGAUUUGGAUCAGACUCCAUUAAUUAUCUCAAUAAUGAAUCAAAUGGGGAAUAAUCUUCAUCAGAAUUUAUCUUUCAUAAUGAGAAUCUUAACUAGUGGCUCUCAACCUUAUAUUUAUGGUAUUUACUUAGGAUCUGCAGAUGAAUUGCAAUCUCAUAUACAUGAAUUUAUUAAUUUAUCUAAACCUAAAAAUGUGUCUUAUAUUGAAGGUGAUUUGUACGAAUUAUUUAAUAUAGAGGGAAUAUCACCUGAAGAUGGUGAAACUUUUAAGUUAAAGUCAUUCUUUAUUGAUUCGACUGGAUUAUCUGAAGAAGGAGUAAAAUGUCUAAUGAAAUUUAGAGAAAAUUUCAAAUGUGAAUUAGGCUUUGAAAUAGCACUACUUGGCGGAAGAAUUAAUGACAUUAAAAGAAAUGAAACUGCAUUCGUCCACAGAGGUUUUAUGUAUCAUAUGAUAAUCACAUCAAUAAUGCCUUCUGAAAAGUGUUUACAGGAUUUAGAAAAUUUUUCUCAAUAUUUUCAACUAAAAUAUACUAAUUAUGAAAGUUAUCAAAAUAUAAUUGAUAGACAGUUGGAUAACUGGCAAUAUAGAUACUAUGGUGAAAGUUUCGAAAAACUGGUGGAAAUUAAACGAAAAUAUGAUCCUUAUAAUUUAUUUCGUUGGAAUCAAAGUAUACCUACUCAUAUUUAA